CCGGCCGCGGGCCUGGCUGUGCGAGGCUGAGUCCGCUUUCCCGAACCCUCCCUCCCGCAUUGGGCGCGCCCACCUCGGGGCUCCAGCUGGUCCCCGCCCUCCCGGGCGCGCGGGGCUGCGAGCCCAGGCAGUUGGCGCGAGCCGCGGUGCAGGCGGGGCCGCGCGCCGGGUCCCCUCCCCCCCCAGCAGGUCCCCGGCCGCAGGUCCCCUCCGGAGCGCCCAGCGCAGCCGGCACUGCCCGCUGCCCGCCUCGGGUCCGGCCCGGGGCGCCGCCGCGGUGGGCUCGGCCCGCGGAGGACAAGGUCAGGAGACGGAGAGGCGAUGCCCGAGUACGACUGGAGGGAGCCGAGCGGAGGCGACCGCGGUUGGGAUCUGUGCCUCCUGACCCGACAGCGGGACUGGGGCAGGCGGCGGUGAAGAGCGGCAGAAGCGGCGGCCGGGGCACGGUCUCCUCCGGCCGGAUUCCCCCUCUGGCGCAUCCCCGUCCGUGCCCGCGAGCGCAGCCCCGCCGGGCAGGGGCCCAGGGGAAGAUGGAGCCGGGGGCCCCGGCCCGCACUGGCCCCCCGCAGCCGGCGGCCCCGGGGCUCUGGAGGGCUCGGCCGGCGGGCGGCGGGGGCGCCUCCUCCUGGCUGCCGGACGGAAACAACUGGCUGCUGUGCUAUGGCUUCCUCUACCUGGCGCUCUACGCGCAGGUGUCCCAGUCCAAGCCUUGCGAGAGGACCGGCUCCUGCUUCUCCGGCCGCUGCGUCAACUCCACCUGCGUCUGCGACCCGGGCUGGGUGGGGGACCGGUGCCAGCACUGCCAGGGCAGGUUCAAGUUAACAGAACCUUCUGGAUAUUUAACAGAUGGUCCAAUUAACUAUAAGUAUAAAACUAAAUGUACAUGGCUAAUUGAAGGCUACCCAAAUGCCGUGUUAAGGUUAAGAUUCAACCAUUUUGCUACGGAAUGUAGCUGGGAUCACAUGUAUGUUUACGAUGGGGAUUCAAUAUACGCACCUUUAAUAGCUGUGCUUAGUGGACUGAUCGUCCCCGAGGUGCGGGGAAAUGAGAGUGUGCCCGAGGUCGUCACCACGUCCGGCUACGCGCUGCUACACUUUUUCAGUGAUGCUGCGUAUAAUCUAACUGGUUUCAACAUUUUUUAUUCAAUCAAUUCUUGCCCCAACAAUUGCUCUGGCCACGGGAAAUGUACAACCAGCGUCUCCGUUCCAAGUCGAGUGUACUGUGAGUGCGAUAAGUACUGGAAGGGCGAAGCGUGCGAUAUCCCGUACUGUAAAGCCAAUUGCGGCAGUCCGGACCACGGUUACUGCGACCUCACCGGGGAGAAGUCGUGUGUCUGCAACGACAGUUGGCAAGGUCCCGAUUGUUCUUUGAAUGUUCCUUCCACUGAGUCUUACUGGAUUCUACCGAAUGUUAAGCCCUUCAGUCCUUCUGUAGGACGGGCUUCCCAUAAAGCAGUUUUACAUGGGAAGGUUAUGUGGGUGAUUGGUGGAUAUAGUUUUAACUACAGUUCUUUCCAAAUGGUCCUGAAUUACAAUCUAGAAAACAACAUAUGGAAUGUGGGGACUCCGUCGCGGGGACCUCUCCAGAGAUACGGGCACUCUCUUGCUUUGUAUCAGGAAAACAUCUUUAUGUAUGGAGGCAGAAUCGAAACUCACGACGGCAACGUCACUGACGAACUGUGGAUCUUUAACGUACAGAGCCAGUCAUGGAGCACGAAGACUCCCACGGUGCUCGGGCACGGGCGGCAGUACGCCGUGGAGGGGCACUCGGCACACAUCAUGGAGCUGGACAGCCGGGACGUGGUCAUGGUCAUCAUAUUUGGCUAUUCCGCCGUGUACGGCUACACGAGCAACGUCCAGGAGUACCACAUCUCAUCAAACACUUGGCUUGUUUCAGAAACCAAAGGAGCUAUUGUUCAAGGCGGAUAUGGCCACACCAGUGUGUAUGAUGAAAUAACGAAGUCCAUUUAUGUUCAUGGAGGCUAUAAAGCGUUACCAGGCAACAAAUAUGGAUUGGUAGAUGAUCUUUAUAAAUAUGAAGUUAACACUAAAACUUGGACUAUUUUGAAAGAAAGUGGGUUUGCCAGAUACCUUCAUUCAGCUGUUCUUAUCAAUGGAGCUAUGCUUAUUUUUGGAGGAAAUACCCAUAAUGACACUUCCUUGAGUAACGGUGCAAAAUGUUUUUCUGCCGAUUUCCUGGCAUAUGACAUAGCUUGUGAUGAAUGGAAAAUAUUACCGAAACCAAAUCUUCAUAGAGAUGUCAACAGAUUUGGACACUCUGCAGUUGUCAUUAACGGGUCCAUGUAUAUAUUUGGAGGAUUUUCUAGUGUGCUCCUUAAUGACAUCCUUGUAUACAAGCCUCCAAAUUGCAAGGCUUUUAGAGAUGAAGAGCUUUGUAAAAAUGCUGGUCCAGGGAUAAAAUGUAUUUGGAAUAAAAAUUACUGUGAAUCUUGGGAAUCUGGGAGUCCGAAUAAUAUUCUUAGAGCGAAGUGUCCUCCUAAAACAGUGGCUUCUGAUGACAGGUGUUACCGAUACGCAGACUGCGCCAGCUGCACGGCCAAUACCAACGGAUGUCAGUGGUGUGACGACAAGAAGUGCAUGUCGGCCAGCAGUAACUGCAGCGUGUUUGUGAAAAACUACACCAAAUGCUAUGUGAAAAAUGAGCAGAUUUGUAACAAACUUACCAGCUGUAAAACCUGCUCACUGAACUUGAACUGCCAGUGGGAUCAGAGACAACAAGAGUGCCAGGCUUUACCAGCUCAUCAUUGUGGAGAAGGAUGGAAUCAUAUUGGGGAUGCUUGUCUCAAAAUCAAUGUCAGUAGAGAAAGCUAUGACACCGCCAAAGUUUAUUGCUACAGUCUUGGCGGGAAUCUGGCUUCAUUAACGACCUCGAAAGAAGUGGACUUUGUUCUGGAUGAAAUACAAAAGUAUACGCUGCAGAAACUAACACCUUGGGUGGGCUUGCGCAAGAUCAACAUAUCCUACUGGGGAUGGGAGGACAUGUCUUCAUUCACAAACACAACCCUGCAGUGGCUUCCUGGCGAACCCAACGAUUCUGGGUUCUGUGCUUACCUGGAGAAGGCUGCGGUGGCCGGCUUGAAAGCCAACCCUUGCACAUCUAUGGUAGACGGCCUUGUCUGUGAAAAACCCAUCGUCAGCCCCAAUCAGAGCGCCAGGAUAUGCAAAAUGCCGUGUUCUCUGCGUACCUCCUGCUCCAACUGCACCAGCAACGGCAUGGAGUGCAUGUGGUGCCGCAGCACCAAGCGCUGCGUGGACUCCAACGCCUACAUCAUCUCCUUCCCCUACGGCCAGUGUCUGGAGUGGCAGACCGCCGCCUGCUCCCCUCAGAAUUGCUCCGGGUUGAGAACCUGCGGACAGUGUCUGGAGCAGCCUGGGUGUGGCUGGUGCAACGACCCCAGCAAUACGGGGAGAGGACACUGCGUGGAAGGGUCUUCCCGUGGACCCCUGAAGCUUGUCGGAAUGCACAGCAACGAGGUGGUUCUUGACACCAGCCUUUGUCCCAAAGAAAAGAACUAUGAGUGGUCCUUUAUCCAGUGUCCAGCUUGCCAGUGCAACGGACACAGCAUUUGUGUCCAUGAUGAUGUGUGUGAGCAGUGUAAGAACCUCACCACGGGCAGGCAGUGCCAGGACUGCCUGCCCGGCUACUACGGGGACCCCACCAAUGGGGGGCAGUGCACAGCUUGCACGUGCAGCGGCCACGCCAAUAUCUGCCACAUGCACACGGGAAAAUGUUUCUGCACAACUAAGGGGAUAAAAGGUGAUCAGUGCCAACUAUGUGACUCUGAAAAUCGCUAUGUUGGUAAUCCACUUAGAGGAACAUGUUAUUACAGCCUCUUGAUCGACUACCAGUUCACCUUCAGCUUGCUGCAGGAAGACGACCGCCACCACACUGCCAUAAACUUCAUAGCGAACCCAGAACAGUCAAACAAAAAUUUGGAUAUUUCGAUUAAUGCAUCAAACAACUUUAACCUCAACAUUACAUGGUCAGUGGGUUCAACAGCUGGAACAAUAUCUGGGGAGGAGACUCCCAUAGUUUCCAAGACUAAUAUCAAGGAAUACAGAGAUAGUUUUUCCUAUGAAAAAUUUAACUUUAGAAGCAAUCCUAAUAUUACAUUCUAUGUGUACGUCAGUAACUUUUCCUGGCCCGUUAAAAUACAGAUUGCAUUUUCACAACACAAUACAAUCAUGGAUCUUGUGCAGUUUUUUGUCACCUUCUUCAGUUGUUUUUUAUCCUUGUUGUUGGUGGCUGCCGUGGUCUGGAAGAUCAAGCAAACAUGCUGGGCUUCUCGGCGGAGAGAGCAACUGCUUCGAGAGCGACAGCAGAUGGCCAGCCGUCCCUUUGCUUCUGUUGACGUAGCACUGGAAGUAGGAGCUGAACAAACAGACUUUCUUCGAGGGCCGUUAGAGGGGGCGCCCAAACCCAUCGCCGUUGAGCCGUGCGCAGGGAACAGAGCUGCUGUCCUGACGGUGUUCCUUUGCCUGCCGAGAGGAUCAUCGGGUGCCCCUCCCCCAGGGCAGUCAGGCCUCGCCAUUGCCAGCGCCCUCAUAGAUAUUUCACAGCAGAAGCCUUCAGACAGUAAAGACAAGACUUCCGGAGUCCGAAACCGUAAACCCCACCUCUCGACGCGUCAGGGAACUUGUGUCUGAGGAACGGGAGCUGCUCCUGGAUCACUUGUACCGUCUCACUUUGUCAGUGGCUUCCGUUCAGGCUGGUCCACGGCCUCAAGUUUUAUGGAGGCGAAACUAUGUAUGGUCCCAGGACCCAAGUACAGUCCCCUGCAGAUGGGCAAUGACCCAAGUGGCCAAAGAAUGUUCACGGGUUUUAUAGGAGUAACAGUACUGAAGGUCAAGGGUGAUAAAGUCAGUUUUUAAAAGUCUCUUAAGCAAACCCUAGAUAACAUUAAAUUGCUCUGGAAAAAGAUGUAUAUUGUUUCUUAUGCAGAUGAAAAGUAUGUAAUUCGUGUAAACCAAACUGUUUAUAGCCCAAGACAUUAAAGAAAGACAUUUUAUAAUGCCUGAAUGAUGAGAAUUGUAUAGUUUUUGCCUCAUGAGCAAACUUAAAUCACUUAUAUAUGAACAGGAAAUGAACAAAUGGCAAUGGCUUUAAAUACUGUUUUUUCUCACUGUAAAUGUAAAUGCAAGAUUUUGAUUUAGUAGGAUGUAGGCAAUGUGUUUCAAUUUCUCACAUGACAGUAUCAAGUUCAAACUCAUUUUGAGAAUGUGGCUAUUUCCACCCAACUGGAAUGCAGAACCAAAUGAAUGCACUUAGACAGAUGGUAGGUGUGACUUCACAGGAGGUUUAUUGGAAUUCUGAGGAAAGAGAACCUUCCUGUGGUCCAUGCUGACCGCCUAACUCAUUAUCAGAGCUGAUAGAGCCGGGAGGAGCUGGUCCAAUGAUCGAUUUUCCCACUCCUUCCAAACACAGCCUCCGUGCCCCAGAGCUGCAGAGAGCUGCGGUAGCCCUUCUGCUCUGACGUGGCAAUUUGUAAUUGCCUAGGAGCCAUUGAAUCAGGACUCAAUGAUCCCUCUGCAUUUUUAUAAGAAGAGAUCAUCUUUUUUUGGUCUUUGUCUCCUAGCUGCUAGAGUUUAUCUAUUCUUUACAAAUGUGAUGGAAAGUAUUGUAGAGGCGACAACUCCCAAGUUAGAAUAUGACCCAGGUUCUUUCCUGCCAACCAUUUCACUGAGACUACAAGCAGACAGGAGUAUUUGCCGGCAAGCAUCUACAGAAUUCUCAUUUCUAACAUGAACAUGUUAGUGUUAGGAGAGAAAGUCUCCAGUGUAAAAAAGAAGUUCAUUAUUGCCCCCAUGCAGCCUAUUAUUAGUGACUCAAAACCAAAUUAUGGCAGAAAGGAAAAGCGAUGCAAAAUGGCCUUCACAUUGGCACAUAGGACCACGUGUGUUCUGAGUUUGACCAAGUGCACGAGAACUCAGUAGCAUGACGGAUCUUCCUGGGAUGUGUAGGUUCCUAACUUCAGGGUGACUACGAGACAUUUGCAGAGAACACUGAGAGGUGUCCAAAGCUGCUUUACAUGAUACAGUUUUGUUCAGUAUGAAAGUCACUGAAGUAUAACUGCUGUUUAGAGAUACAUAUGCGCUUUUCACGUUCUUUGGGUUUCUGGAAGGUAACGAACAGCACGUCGCUGUUUACAGCUAACGCGUAGUUACUUGCAUGCUAUGGUUGUGAUAUGAAAUGUUGAUUUUAUAAUGCCAUUUAUACAUAGCCAGCUUUCAUUUGAUGAGGAUUGAAUGUAAUGUAUAUCAGGAAUGAUCAUACAACAUGUAGUUGCAUCGUAUAUGAGAUUGCUAGGUUGCUUCUAACCAUGACUAUGUCAUUGUUUUCAUAAUUAGGCAUUUAUGAAUUAUAGUAUAUAUUCCUUAUGUUCGCAUGAUAAUUUUGCUAUUUUCCAUGCGUUAAAAAUAAGACUAAUUCUUAGAGUAAUCUUACCUAUAGCCUGUGGGGUUUUUGCGGGGGCCGGGAGUGGAGCUGGAUUUUACCUCCCUAUGAUAUUUUCUCCCUCAAAAAAAAAGUGAGCAAAGUUUGUAAAUGUCUCCUAAACACAAUCAAGCAAUUUUAUUAGUUUCCUUUUUGGACCCUUAAAAUGUCAGUUUUUCUCCUGGAAAAAUAAACCGACAAAACUGGUGAUUACAAAAAUAUAAUCAUUUAAAAAUAAAAUGAUUACCCAAUUUGUGUAAUUCUCUAACAAUUGUCCUGAGAGAGAGCUUAUUAGCAAAAAACACACGGAGUAGUAUGUAAGUCAAUUUCAGCUAUAUUUUUUAGAGAGUCUAAGCAAACGGUGUUACUGUAAAGAAUUGUUCACCUUCAACCACCUCGAAUCCCAUCAGCUUCUUAAAAUUUGAAAAUGUGGAUUUUGGAGAAUUAGGGGACAUAAUACAGUGUUAAAGUUGUAACAUACUUUCCUGCUCCAAAUAUUGCAACCUUGUGACUACUUAUGCAUUAUCUUCUCGAGUUAUCCAAGCUUUUUUACUGGAGAUGAAAUAAUCAUUCACCCUCAGGUGAAGAGGAUUGAAAAGACCUUAGGGAUAAUGACUUUUGAAUGUGUCGUGUCAUUGAAUAUUUUUGUCUCCACGUCACAACAAUUUUAAUUUUGAAUGCUCCCUUUUAUUUUCAACGAAACCACAAGUGUGCAGAACUCUUUGAGAAUUUAGCAAAUACAUGACUGAUUCUCUUGAAAACUUAUCUUCAUGGAAUUCUGUAUAUUAUCAAUUUAGAAUGACUUUGGAAAAUUCUUUAGAUUUUUAGGAUUUAUGAUUCUUCCACAUAUGAAAAUGCUGGGUUAAAUGGAAUGGAGUUUCUAAAAUUAGCCUGGGGACAGACACUAUUUAGACCCAACUAGAGAAUUCUUCUUGAAAGAUUGAACAUGCUUACAGGUUGAUUUAAUACAUAUUAAGAGGAUUAGGAUUUUUGCAGUUUAUUUUUAUCAAAAUUUAUUCUAGGGAUACACAUGGAAAAUGUAUGCCAUAUACCACUGUGUUAUGCUCACUAGGACAACUUGAAAUAGGACGUGUAUCACUGUGUAAUUGAUACUUACUGUACUUUCCAGCCAGUCAUUUCUGGGGGGCAGGGGUGCAGAAGGGGGUACCAGUAAGACAGAGUGACUGUGGCUGUUAUUGUACUGCAGGGACAUUCAGAGUGCAGACUGGUGCAUGGGCCUGAGAACAGACGCAGGAACCAACUUUGAGCUGCGUGGUAUGGGGCAAGUUUUAACCUUUGGAGCCUCGGACUUUUCAUCUGUGAGGGGAGGUGGUGGUGCCCAGCGGGCAGAACUGUUGUGAGUCUAGAAGAAAAUAAACAUAAAGCUUCCACUGCAAUGCAGCGUAGCUGCUACUGACCAUCGUGGGGCCACCAGACAACUCUUCUUUUACCCAUUGAUGUAUGAAUUCGACUGUUAAGUUUUCAUCCCUCUUUUCACCACAGGGAAAAGCCAGGCAGGUUUUUUGCAAAUGAAGAUUUCAUGAAAAUCUUGAGUAAGUUCCUCUGUGUCUAGGCUAUAAAGGUUUCUCAAAAACUACUUUGAUAUUUGGGUUAGUGGAGGGUUUGACUCUUUCAAAAUAUGUACCAUUUUAGUAGAGUAAUUUUGAAAUGAUUGCUCUAUGACAUUUAGACAGGAACAUCAGUUGCCACUUCUGCUUUCAAAUUCAGCAAAAACAAAUCAGUCCUUACAUGUGGUUGUCAUACAUGAAGCAUCUUUUUGUUCACUGGAAAUAAAACUAUGAUUUGAAAAGUGAGUCAUAUAAAAGGUUUUUAAAAUUUGACUGAUCAAAUGAAUCAAUUUCACCCACGCAGGCUUUUUAAGAAGAUUAACUUCCAAAGCCCAUCUGACAUUUUAUCCAAGUGUGGAACUUGGUCAUAAAACUGGCCUGGGUUGGUACAGAUUCCCUCCUUUUCUCUGGAGCUGGAGAUUCCAAAGGACUGGAUUGGACCCUGGAGAUUAAUAUGCUUAAUAAGCUCAUCAGUGAUUCUCACGAUUAGGCAAAUUAGGGAAAUACUGCCCUGGGCCAGAGAGCUGCUCUUCUCAACACUUAGAAGAAUUUAUGUUCAGUAAUGAAUUCAAACUCUAAUUUGAAAUGCUUUAAAUAUUUUUCCAAGGAAUAUAAGCCAUCUGGUCGGUGUUACAGCAGUAUCUUCAUUUUUGUGUAUAUUUAACAUUUUAGUUUCCUCAAUUUUUUUAAAAUUAAGAAUUAGGACCAUAUCAGCGUCCAUGUAUACAGGUGUGUGUGCCAGUGUUAAAACAGAUUGUGUAAAAAUUCAAACUUGCUUUAAAAAGCGAACAUUUUAUGAUACCACGUGCUAUUCA